UGCCUAAGCCACCGUCGUUGUUAUCUGCCUUCCUCGUGGACAUCCAAGCGCUGAGCUGUCCUACUUCUGCCAACCCGUCGCCGGACGACAUCAAUGCUGCUAGGGCGGCUGAAGUACUCCGGAAUGGUCUUCAGUAUUCUUUGGAAACUUCUACUCAUCCAGCCUUGCGAGCGACGAUGAUCUGGCCGAUCGCUGUCGCGCCGGAGUUCAUCGAGGCGCUCAAAUCAAGGACACAUCCUGGAGCUAGAGCCAUCUUCAAGCACUAUUGUCAACUCGUGGAGUAUGCAAGUACUGACUUCUGGUUCUACACAGGAUGGAGGGGAAUUUCGCAACACCUGUGAUGUGUUAUACAGGGCAGUCUCCCCUAUGGUCUUCGCAAUAAAGGAACGAAAGCAUUGAUGAGGUUGCAGAAUCAAAAUGAGAUGUGAAAGAACUCAUGCUACUGAACGCAUUCCACUACGCAAUUCAACACAAACUUUAUUGCUUUUCAUUGCAGCUUCUUACGGCCACACUUUCGGCUGCGUCGGCCUCUGGAAGCGUACAAUGGCUAACAACCUAGUACUUUGCAGUAGUGAAUCAACAUCACGAACGCAUCGUAUGCAUGUAAGCUCCCUGAUCUAUCACCUUCCAACUGUCACAUCCAAACACAUCCACCCCCUACUUCAUCACCAAGGCAAACCGCUCUCUCAGAAUCCAUCUACCCGACUACCAAAAUACAAGUCACUACGCAUGAAUUCGAAUAUGUCAGGCGCAUCCUUCUUCAAGGUUCUGGGCCUUGCUCCGACAGCAUCAGAAACUUCAGUUCGGUCGAGAUUUAAGCUUCUAGCUCUAGCUUAUCAUCCUGACAAAACAAAUGCGGUUAACAAAGCAGUAGCUACUUCCUGUUUUGUGGAAAUGCGACAAGCUUAUGAAUAUUGUAUGUCUCAUCUCAGCCCCGAAGAAGAAGAGGCAGAAGACUACAAGGACGAGGAUGAUGAUGCGGACUGGCGAGACAAGCUCCCUACCGGCAUAUUCGAUGCGAACAGCGCAUGGUGGGACGAACUACAGGGCGAUGAGCCCAUGGCCAUCUUGAAAUGGGCCGAGGCUUGUCAAAACGCCCAUCGAUUCGCCAACGUAAAGCUUGAUGAAGUGGAGCAACGUAAGCUCAACGUCAGUUACCUAAAGGCCUACGAAAACUUCGAAUACUGGCGUCGUAAGCAUAUUGAACGAUAUGAAGAAGAAGAUCGCAUACAACAGGAUAUCAAUGCUCUUCCAGAGCGUCUUCAGGUCCACGUCCGCCGCUCUCUCGAAGCUAAACGGGCUGAGUCGAAACACUGCUAUGAACAAUACCAGGAAGAUCAUGACGAUGAACAAUACUUUUGGGAACAAGAGGCCUUGGAAGAUCCCGAUUCCAUACCUAUGCCGACCGACACGUGGCGCUACCUUCACAAUGCGGUGGAAAGUAGCGCCACUCCCCAACAGCACCUCGCAAAUUUCAGGAUACAAUGUAAGGCAGUUGAACAGCGCAACAUAGGAUGGAUUGAACAGGGUAUUGAGUACUACCCCCAAGCGGAAAUGGAUUGCCGUGCCAGGAGGCGUAAAGAAACGGAAGCUAGGCUUCUCGAGGAGGUCGCGCGCGCCGAGAAGGCGGCUUGCGAACGCAAACUUAUCAACAACAUGAACUCUGCCAAGCGUGUUGGUCGCCUUGCCAAGGCAAGCGCUACCGAGCUGAUAGAUGAAGUUACACCGCGCUGCCUGGAAGAUGGUCCUCAAGAUGAUGCUAUACCUUAUAGUCUAGAAGACGGUGCUAAAGAUGAGGCCGCAUAAUCCACCCUUUUCCCAGUUUGUAAGCUAUCGAGGUCUGGGAAUAGAGGCAGCUGGCUCUCUUCACACUCGCUCUAGCACUCACAAUUAGCGUUGCUUGGUCCAUAUGGGAGGGCGGUAGACCCAAGUAGAAAGGGUCGAUCAAG